UGUCCCCUCCUGUACGACACACACAGACCUGCAGCAGGCUGACUCUCAGAGCGCUUCUUGACCCUCUCAAAGUUCUGGAUAAGCAUGUGGCACAUUAAAUCUCUUGACACGAUUAAUGGAGAGCGUGCUGAAGUUUUCAAACGAUGUGGAGCCAGUGGUGCGUAAAGAUUGGACAUGGUACGGAGGAUAAACGUCUCCUGACAUUGGGUGUGACUUGAUGAAACGGGCUGUCGACAUCUGGCGGACCGGUACCUGCUUAUGGAGCAAUAAUGAAUACGAGAUGGGCAUUACUGAGACUAAGAAGAAAAGCCUUCAUUCCUUCACUGCUGUCACUGCUGACUCUGUGUGUCCUGCUAUUGCUCAAUGUCAAGUACAGAUAUGUCCCAGAGUCUGUAUUUCCUACAGCAGCGUUACAUGACAUCCAGCUGUUUCACAAACACAGCAUUAACUGUUUGGCUAUAUAUGACAUGGACCCAGUGGAGGUGGCCAAAUCGCUGAUCAUCAGACGGAAACACGUUGUGGAGGACAAGGAUGAAAGUCUAGUUAACCUCACCUCAAACUGCUCAUUAUUCAUCAAGUCCAGAGGUUACGAUAACGUGUGUGAGUCGGAGGAGGAGAAAGCCUUUCCUCUUGCUUACUCGCUGGUUGUCCAUAAAUAUGCGUGGAUGGUAGAGCGGCUCAUCAGAGCGGUGUACUCGCCCAGUAACAUCUACUGUAUCCACUACGAUCAGAAGUCUUCAGCUCCGUUCAUCUCAGCCAUGGAGGGUUUGGCUCGCUGUUUGCCCAACGUCUUCAUCGCCUCCAAGCGGGAGUCUGUCUUCUACGCCAGCAUCAGCCGACUGAAAGCCGAUCUCAACUGUCUGUCUGACCUUUUGGAGUCAGAGGUCAAAUGGAAGUACGUCAUCAACCUCUGUGGCCAAGAUUUCCCCCUCAGGUCCAACAUCGAGCUGGUGUCAGAACUUAAGAAGUUAAAUGGAGCCAAUAUGCUGGAGACGAGCCGACCCAGUGAGCAAAAGAAGCAGAGGUUCAAGUUUCACUACGAGCUGAAGGACGCCAGCUUUGAAUAUCAUAAACUGCCAGUGAAAACAGAGCAGUUAAAGACUCCACCGCCACACGGUAUCGAGGUGUUCUCCGGUAAUGCCUACUUUGUCUUGUCCCGGGACUUUGUUGUACACAUGAACUCCUCAGUUGUGGUGAAGGAUUUCUUGGCGUGGUCAGAUGACACCUACUCUCCAGACGAACACUUCUGGGCCACACUUGUGCGACUGCCAGGUGUGCCUGGAGAGGUGCCCAGAUCCCAGCCUGAUAUCACUGACCUGAUGAGUAAGACCAGGCUGGUGAAGUGGCACUACCUGGAGGAGAAACAUUACCCACCCUGCUCGGGGCAACAUGUCCGCAGUGUUUGUAUUUUUGGUGCAGCGGAAAUGCGUUGGUUGCUCAACUACGGUCACUGGUUCGCCAAUAAGUUCGAUCCCAAAGUGGACCCCAUUCUCAUUCAGUGUCUUGAGGAGAAGCUGCAGGAAAGACAAAAGUUAUUUCAAUUAGCAGCAACUCACAACUGUCCAAAGGGUUGACCAAAAGCUACAGUAUACUGUAGAGCAGCAAUGACUUCAUUUUUUGCCAGAAAGACAAAAAAAGACAAUACUCCUACAAAGCUGUUUACAUGGCUAAUGGACAUGAAUACUCCACUUAAAUCCCCAUGUACAUGCAGCCGUGCAUACUCUGGCCAUUUUGUUUCUUUGCAUCAAAAUAGGAUUUUCUCAAAGUUUUCCCUCCCUGGUGGACUUAUUCGACUGUGUGCCUCCCUCUUACAUUCCUUUAGCCACUUUCUUGAAAAGGUUGGCAUUGCGAUAUUUGCACAUAUACAAAAACCUGUCGAUAUCCAAGUCUUUCAUAAUGUUUAAAAGUAGAUGUGUUUCUCCCUCCAACCAGAAACAUGGGCGUUUUUUGGCAUGCAUCUCUACCCCGCCUUGUAAACUGUUGGCUAGUUGGUUUACGUACAACGCACAGAGCUGACCGUAAGGAGGCAACAGGUAGUGAGUCGCAACCUGCAGUAAAAUACAUGUCCAAAAAAUGUUCUUAAAUGCUGAAUGAUAUCGGCCUAAAUCAUAUAGGGAUGUCAGCCGAUAACCGUGAAUUGGUUAACCGCUGAAAAUAUUUUUGACCGGUUACUCAUGUCAGUCUGCUGGUUACCUUUACAUAUUUUCUCAUCAGCGGUGACACAGAUGGAAGUCUGCACCUGGUUUGUCGUCCACACAGGCUGCAGUGAGAGUCUCUCUCCAUGGGAUAUUUAAAAAAAAACAGAUUUGUGCAUUUAGUCCUUCUCAGGCAAGCUCAGGGGUUUAGUGUUGCUGUAGCCCACAAGAACAACACUCUCAUCUAAGAGAGACAAUAAAAACUAAAGUGAUGGUCAGAGUUGUCACAUUGAAAUUUAAGGUGUGUUGAUGGAUUCAGGUCUUCAACUCAUGCAUUGAGUAACAUUACAAAUUAACGUUCCACCUUAAAACCCACCCCUUUCUGUGGGUGCGUUUGGUAAUACUUCAAUAAUAGCUAAGUUAGUGGUUUGAAAUGCAGUGUUAAAGCUCACUGAGUCAAUGGAGCGCCACACUAAAGGAAGGGACACGCUAAAUGAUAGCCAGCUGUUGCGUCGCCAUGUCUCAGCCAAAAAGUUGCACAUGAACACACCGCAAAGACCACAGCAGACAGCCAACCAGCACAUACGUUCUGUGCCUGCAUGAGAGGAAAUCAUUUCACUCAAGAAGACAGCGGUAGUCUGUAUUCGUUAUUGAAAAAGGGAAACUUGAAGACUGUCUUGAUGCUAGUUAGCCAGUUAGCACAUCAACAACACAAUUCAGUGGUGAAAGAAGAGUUUGCCGUGUGCCAGUGACCAAAAACACAAACCAUCAUGAAACAUUUCUGCUAAAGAGCUCGGUGGCAAAAAAAACCAAACAUUUUUUACCUUAUAUAACAAGUUUGUUUCGGUCUCACCCCCUCUGGACUUUAGUCGUUUGUUUACUUUCCUCACUUCUGUUUCUCUUCUUGUGUGCUGAGCUGAACUGACAGAGUGAGUUAAUUUACUGACGGGCUCUGCCAUCGCCGUCGCUGAUUCAACAUGCUGAGUUGGCCAAAAAAAAGCAGACGGGGGCUGAUGAGGUCCCGCACCGACUGGGGCAACAGACGCUCACCAACAGCCCAACAUUGACCAAUGCCCGACAAUCAGUUUGGCGUGUCGUGGCCUUUACUGUGACAUCAUCAUGUUCUGCAUAAAACCCUUUUCUGGCCAUUACUCAACAUCAUAUCUCAGGAACAGAAGGAGAAGUAUUUGGUGACACAAAUCUUGGGCAUCCAACUUGAAACUGUGCUGAGUAUAUCGAUGUUCUGCUUUUUUUGUCUUGAAUUAAAAUAUCUGAUUGUUGUUCAA